UUUGCCAGAUGACCAUUACUAAGUACUGCACAGCGACAAAUACCCACAUUUUAGGAAAGACUGAACAUUCUUCACGGUCAGAAAGAAAGAGACGCGACUCAUUCGGGAUGUUUGAUGGUUAUGAUAGCUGCAGUGAGGAUACCAGUAGUAGCUCCAGUUCUGAUGAGAGUGAAGAGGAAGUUGCUCCUUUACCCUCCAGUCUCCCAAUUAUCAAGAACAAUGGACAGGUCUACACAUAUCCCGAUGGCAAAUCUGGCAUGGCUACCUGUGAGAUGUGCGGGAUGGUUGGUGUCAGAGAUGCCUUUUAUUCUAAAACCAAGCGUUUUUGCAGUGUUUCCUGCUCAAGAAGUUACUCAUCAAACUCUAAGAAGGCCAGCAUUCUGGCCAGACUUCAGGUAACGGGAAAACCUCCAACUAAGAAGGCUAAAGUGUUACAGAAACAACCUUUAGUUGCUAAAUUAGCUGCAUAUGCUCAAUACCAAGCAACGGUACAGAAUCAGUCAAAGACUAAAACAGCAUCUGUUCCAGUGGAAGGUUUCAACUGGGGCAACUACAUCAAUAGCAAUAGUUUCACAGCCGCUCCUGUUAACUGUUUUAAACAUGCACCCAUGGGGACUUGCUGGGGUGACAUUUCAGAAGGUGUGCGUGUAGAAGUCCCUAACACAGACUGCAGCCUACCUACCAAAGUCUUCUGGAUUGCUGGGAUUGUAAAAUUAGCAGGUUUCAAUGCUUUACUAAGAUAUGAAGGCUUCGAAAAUGAUUCAAGUCUUGACUUCUGGUGCAACAUUUGUGGUCCUGAUAUCCACCCAGUUGGUUGGUGUGCAACCAGUGGGAAACCUCUAGUACCACCUCGAACCAUUCAUCACAAAUACACAAACUGGAAAGGUUUUCUAGUGAAACGACUCACUGGUGCCAAAACUCUUCCCCCUGACUUCUCUCAGAAGGUAUCAGAAAGCAUGCAGUAUCCUUUCAAACCUUCAAUGAGAGUAGAAGUUGUUGACAAAACGCAUCUCUGCCGAACACGGGUAGCAGUUGUCGACAGUGUAAUAGGAGGCAGGUUAAGAUUGGUAUAUGAAGAAAGCGAAGACAAAACAGAUGAUUUCUGGUGCCAUAUGUGCAGUCCUCUUAUCCAUCCCAUUGGUUGGUCUCGAAGUAUAGGACAUCGGUUCAAAAGAUCUGAUAUUGUCAAGAAACAGGACUCUCAUUUCGAUGCACCCUCACAUUUAUUUGCUAAGGUAAAAGAAGUUGAAUCAAGUGGAGAAUGGUUCAAAGAGGGAAUGAAAUUGGAAGCCAUAGAUCCAUUAAACCUUUCUGCAAUAUGUGUGGCAACGAUUAGAAAGGUAUUAGCAGAUGGAUAUCUUAUGAUUGGAAUUGAUGGCUCUGAGGCAGCAGAUGGGUCUGAUUGGUUUUGUUACCAUGCUACUUCUCCUUCUAUAUUCCCAGUUGGUUUCUGUGAAAUUAACAUGAUAGAACUAACUCCACCCCGAGGUUAUGCAAAACUACCUUUCAAAUGGUUUGACUACCUCAGGGAAAUGGGUUCAGUAGCAGCUCCUGUGAAGCUCUUCAACAAGGAAGUUCCAAACCAUGGAUUUCAUGUUGCAAUGAAACUGGAAGCAGUAGAUCUCAUGGAACCUCGUCUAGUGUGUGUGGCCACAAUAACUCGAAUAAUCCAUCGUUUGUUGAGGAUACAUUUUGAUGGCUGGGAAGAUGAAUAUGAUCAGUGGGUGGAUUGUGAAUCUCCUGACCUCUAUCCUGUUGGAUGGUGUCAGCUAACUGGGUACCAACUACAGCCUCCUGCAUCACAGUCAUCAAGAGAUAGUCAGUCCAGUUCAUCAAAGCAGAAGAAAAAAUCGAAGUCACAGCAGUACAAAGGACACAAAAAAAAGAGGAAGAUACCAGUUGGGAAGAAGCCUGUCAGUUUGUCGAGCGUCCCCAUGACAGGUGGGGUACGGAGGAGCUUCUCUGGUGAUGAAGAGUUGACUCCUCCUCAGUAUCGAAUUCUUCCAGCACAGACAGCCCCGGAGGCCUGCCAGCCUCUCAGGACUAGCAGAGAGUUCAGUCCCAGCCUCAAAACAGUAUCUUCACUGCAGCUGAAGGAAGAGUUACUAGAUGGAGAAGAAUACAACUUUCUUCAAGGAGCAUCUGAUCAGGAAAGCAAUGGGUCUGCCAGCCACUACAUCAAGCAAGAACCCUAAAGCCGCUCUUUGAAGCCUGUAUAAAAAAAGCCUUUCUGCGAGACUGACAUUCCCAUUCUGAGGAUACAAUUGGACAGCUUCUACUAAAGGCACUUUGCUAAUUGGAGAUAAGAUUUCAAUUGAGAAUUUUUGGAGGGCGGGGAAACUAUUUUAGUGAAAAAAAAAGAUUUUUCAAUUUAUUACAAAAAUGACACUUUUGUGUUGUAUUUGAAGCUUUUGAAAGAAUUUUUGUAAUAUUUUCAAGUUCAGAUUUAUUGUGCAUUGUUUGAAAAAUGAAACUCUAAUUUUUUGGUAAGAAUUAAAAAGCUUAAUGAGCAGGAUUGCAGGAAACCCUUGGAGGUUGGUAGUAGAAAAUGCAAGUGAACUGUCGUAACAAGUGAACCUUCUGGUACAAGCUGGGAGAUUCUGAAUGUUAAAGCUACAGAAUUCAUAUAAUCUGUCUUUUCCAUUGUCAAAUCUUGCAACUAAAAUCUUAGGGUGGUGAAAACAUACUCAAAUAAGUUGGAAUGGAGUCUGAACAGGAGAGUAUUUUUUUCAAAAAAGUGACAUGCUUCUUAUCUACCUGACAUUCUGUUAAAUCAUGUUCUAGUCCAGUCCCUGUUGAGGUUAGUGAGUGGUGGACUAGAUACAGUUGUAUUCUGGUUUGCGUUUUGAAUUUUUGGGACAUUCAAGCAAAUCAGCAAAGUGUCAAGGGAUUUUAACUGGAGCGAUUUUAGAAUGGAAAUCAGCUUGGGAGUUUUGUCAUGCAAGGAAAGGGAGAUAUACUAUACUUGAAAGGCCCUUUUGUGCAGAAACAUCUGCAGUUUUGCUUUUUGUCAUACUGGAAGACAACAGAUGAAGAAGUGAGAAAUGCAGCAUGGGAAGGUGCAAAGCCUGCUUUGGUAUUUUGCUUUGUCACUAGUGCAGAAGAGCUUUUAGCUUGUAGUGAAUUAAACUGAUUUGCCUGAAGAUUGUGUUUGGACCUGAAUUUAGGCAUCCUGUUUUCUUCAACUUGGCUGCUAAUAGUUUUACAUGAGCAUCUUUUUCCAUAGCUGGUUGUGACUGGUGUGGCAAAAAUACAAGCAUGCUGAAUUACCUAGAAUCUUUUUGCAGAGAGUUAAAUCUGGAUAUCAGCAGAUGGAAUUGACCAUGCUGACAUCUCCACUCUGUGGUGUUGUGACGGGAUGAUGUAUGUCAAGAGUUUUGCUUUUACCAGUAAGGUUCAUUAACUAAACUCUCAGGAAUUAACUGCUUAUGUUCUAUAAAGUGCUUCUGGGUCAUAGCAGGUCCUAUUUAGAGCAGUAUAACUUGUCAAAUUUUUUUUAGGGUAGGAUUUAGAAGGAAUUAAUUCUAUUGAUUAACCUCUACAACCUUCAAGCCUAUGACUAGCAACCUACAAAAGCCCCAGAGACAGGUUUUUUUUGUUUUGUUUGGCAUAUCAUUGUUUUGAAUUUUUAAAAUGCGUAGAAAAUUGAAAACCAGCAAUUCGAUUCUUUUCUUAAUUGUUUUGCUCUAUUGUUGGGUAUGUACCGUUGUCGAUAUGCAAAGGUUUACCACAUUCUAUGCAAGAGGGGAUAAUGGUGUAAAAUUUUUGUAGUAACUACUGGAAGUACAUUUUUUUCUGUAUAGUAUAGGAAUGUAUGAGAGCAGUUUCUAGUCAUUUUUCGAUAUAGUUGGGCCAUUUUUGACAACUGCUACAUGUAUACAUAUUUUAAAAACGGAUUUUCGGUGUCAAUUGCCGGUGAAUUGGAUACUUUAUGUCCUAUAAUGAUUAUGGUCAUGAUCCAGAGAACUGUGAGGGGAACUUCCGGGUCUAGCUGGGCCUUCUUUCUUUUUCCGAGCGGCAUGCUUACCCCACGUCAUCCUUAAAAGUUCCUGUUGUGUUUUAAACUUCUCCCAUUUACAAAACAGCUCAUAAGCAGCACAGGAGGGCUGCUCUCUGGAGGGGAGAAGCAGAAAGCUGUAUUGUGCGCAGACAUAAAGGAGCUCACUGGAUCACGGCCAAUAUUAAUUUCCAGUGUCCUCGUCAAAACAGUCUAACUAUAUCUUCUUUUUUCUUCUUCUAGUAAUAUGUUACUUUACAUUGAUUUCUUGAAAGCCAGUGCCUCCCCAAACAAAGGCGUAACUCGUGUUACCUGACUGUCCAGCUUUUGGGAUAGAAUGACCUAACAGACAUACAGUCCUGAGGAACUUGUGACCAAGACAUGGUAGUCAUCCACUGUUCUUCCCGGUUGGCGAGGCUCUGUCAAUCUGGGCCACGCGUAAUUAAAAUAGUAAACUAUGCAGGACUAGCAGGAAAUCGAGAUCAGUGCUCAAGGAGAGAAUGUGUUCCACAUUAACUUACGUAGUCAGAAGGACUUAAGAGUAGUGGCUUAUGUUUCUUAUGAUUUUAGUAGGGACCACUUGUAUGCAUAAUACUGCUUAAUGUGAAAAAGAGAUCCAGAACAAGGCCUAGAGUACACCCGGACUACCCAGGCAGCAGAAUUAGGCGGUAGAAUAUUUUGUAUCACUGCAGGAAGGUGCAUACGUUUUUAAAAGUUCCCUCGACAUUCAUAGUUCCCUGUAAGUGGGAAACUAGCACAGCAUGGAGAAAGGGCUAGGGAAAAGCCUUUCUCCCUGAUAUGCUAGGGUUCCCCUCCCCAGAGGACUUCUACACAAGAGAACUUUUAAUAUGUGAUUGCCCCCUUGCGAUUCUACCACCGCAUUCUGCUGCACUUCCCGAACAGUCGUAGUUUCUUUUGUCAUGAGGAAGUUACAGUAUAAGCUUUAAUUUGUGUAUAAAUAGAUUCUUGUAUAGACGUAGUCUGAACUUGAGCUUGAACCAAUACAUCCAGCUGGAGUUGCCACCUUUUUCCUGACAUGCUUUGUAUCUUUUUAGAAGCUACACAGCAGACAGAUAUUCAAGAGUUUUAUCACUGCACAUUUAUACUUGGAAGCAUCGCCUGUUGAAUUUCUGCCAGCUAAGUGGCUCUUUUAAAGCACAUAACCUUUGUUAGGAAAACAGAUGGCAACCCUACUUCUACCUCUGUUGAACAUGGCAGCUGCAGGGAAAUCCAUAGCCAGCCUCAGUCCCCUGCCACAUCAGCCUAGAAAGUGAACCUGAAACAUUCAAAAUAGCCUGCUGGACCAGGUCAGACCUUAAAUCAUACUGUGGAAUGCUAGCCUUGAUUAGUGCACUGUUGCUAGUCCUCAGGUGUCUGGAAAUAGAUCUGCAUAUUUAAAGGAGAAUGGUCCCAGUAGUGGGAGGCGAGUAUACUGUGUAUUAUGCCAUAUUGCUGUCACUACUGAUCUCUUACCCGUUUCUUUUUUGUGGGCAGAAUUUCAUGCCCCGAGAGAUCUGUGCAUAUAGUAGAAAUUUAAAUUUUGGAACCUCACACCUGUUUUUAAACUUCUUAUUUAUAUGCCAUGCAACUAUCUUGACUGGUUCUGUUCCACGUUCAUUGAAUAGGAAUCUACUUCAUUCUUGAUUCUGCACAGCAUUUAUUUGUGGCCUCAUAACAUAGCAGAUGCCAGGGAAGACAGUAAGCUUUUCUUUGUGCAGCUUUAAUUGCUUUUGGCAUGCAUGCAUUUUUGGUAUAAUGUAGCGCUAAGAACAUUAUUUUAUUUUUUACUGUGAAUUGAUUUACGCAAACAAUUUGGGAUAGUGUUGGGGAUGGGGUGGGGGUGUCGGUCAGGGGUCUGAGGCCUAUACUGAUGCUAAGGGUUAGCAAAUUUCAGUAGUUGGCACGUGGCAGGAUUUUCUAUGGAGAAGGGCACCGCAGACAAGGUAAAUUGUGUCACAAGUGCUCCUUCUCACUGCUCAGAAUCUUAGCUGAUGCUUUUUAAGUUUCUUUUUAAAUUUCCUUACUGAAUCUGAGUAAAGCAAAAGCAGUUAGCAGUUUCUUGUUCUAUUGAUACUAACACGGGUUUCAGUGUGUGUUUGUUUUUAUUGUUGUCAUUUUUAUGUGAUGUGAACACCUUCUCCCAUCCAUAUUUGUAUUAUGGUGCUAAUAUAUUUGGUAACAAUCCUUUAUUGGAAAGGGAUUAAACUGUGAUUAAAUUGAAAUUUGUUUCUUUUUAAUUUUCAUAUUUAAGUACAGUCUCAGCCAUUUAUAAAAAAAAAGAAAAAAAACCAACAACUUUUGCCCCAGGAAAACUUUAUCCGGGCAGAAGUUUUUUUUAAAAAAAAACAUAAUAGGGUUUUUACAUCAUUCUGUAUGUAUUUGAUAUAUAGAUCAAUAUCUGUAUAAAUUCAAUGUUUUAUUUUCUUGGUAAUGUGGUCAAAUGGGAGCAUUUUAAAACCUCUAAUGAAAUGUACAUAACUCAGUGAAAAAUGUUACUUUCAUUUUUACCAGACUGCAGAUUUUCAAGCAUGGACGUGUAAAAGCAUUAAAAUUAUAACUUUGUGUACAAGAUGAAAAUAAUUCACUAAAUUUGCCUUUUUUACACAAAAUAAAAAAUGUUAAAAGUAAAAA